CAGGACCUAUGGGCAGACACAUCAGUUGGAGUUGAAUUGGCGAUCAGAUCGCUUACAGAGAGACUCUGCAGGCAAGGACAAAAAGAGACGGGAUUUGGAGACGACCGGGAGCGACUUCUUUUUUUCCCACCCCUCGAUCUUUUUUUUGUUUUGUUUUGUUGUUGCCGUUUUCCGUGUUUUGAGCUCCGUGAAGAUCUCUUCUGAGGAGAUGGCCUUCCCUCAGCUCGGGUAUCCUCAGUAUUUAAGUGCGAGCCAGGCUGUGUACGCUGCCGAUCGGCAGGGAGUGCUAGCUUCUUCCCGAGGAGGAGCCGAGCUUGGAGCUAACCCCGCCGCUGCCGCCGCUGUAACCUCGGUGCUGGGAAUGUACGCGAACCCUUACACAGCCCAGAACUACAGCGCUUUCCUCCCCUACACCACCGACCUCACCAUGUUCUCCCAAAUGGGAUCACAGUAUGAAUUAAAGGAUAAUCCUGGGGUUCAUCCGGCGGCAUUUGCAGCACAUGCGGCUCCUGCUUAUUAUCCCUAUGGACAGUUUCAGUAUGGAGAUCCUGCUAGACCCAAAAACGCCACCCGGGAGAGCACAAGUACUCUCAAAGCCUGGCUGCAAGAGCACAGGAAGAACCCGUACCCGACCAAAGGGGAGAAGAUCAUGCUGGCCAUCAUCACCAAGAUGACCCUGACCCAGGUAUCCACCUGGUUCGCCAACGCCAGGAGGAGACUCAAGAAAGAGAACAAAAUGACCUGGGGUGCUCGGAGUAAAAGUGAUGACGGUACUCUCUACGGCAGCGACACUGAAGGGGAGAGCGAGAAAAAGGAGGAGGAUGAGGAGAUUGACCUCGAAAGCAUCGACAUCGAUAAAAUUGACGAAAACGACGAGGAGCAGAGCAAUGAGGAAGAGGAGGAAAAGCUGAACCUCAGCAAUGAGGAGGAGAAAGCAGACGUGGAGAGGGAACAUGAUCGGACAUUGCAGGGGUCUGAAAGUGACAGUAAAGCAAAGGAGGCGGAUAGAGUAGAUGGAAGUGUCGUUGAAAACAAUGGCACCAGGGGCGUAUCUCUAGCACAAGGAAAUUUGCUAAUCCCAAAUCAUAGCAAACCCAAAAUCUGGUCUUUGGCAGAGACUGCAACCAGCCCGGACAGCGCCCAGAAAUGCUCUCCGACCAGUCACACACCGUCAACCAUCCAGCACCCAGCUUUUCUCUCAAACCACGGACUCUAUACUUGUCAGAUCAGCAAGUUUCAUAACUGGACAAACGGCGCUUUCCUGGGCCAGAACUCUUUGCUAAAUGUCAGGUCGUUUCUGGGUGUAAAUCAUCAUCACCACCACCACCAUCAUCACCCUCCACAACAUCCUCAGCAGCAACAGCCUUCUGUGCUAACAGCAGCCAUGGGAGCAGUCAGCAAUGAAAAAUCAACAGACAUCCCCAGCCCAAAACACACAGAAAGGGAAUGUAUUCCAAGCGAAUCUCCAUCACAAUCGCUAAAAAUAUCGUUUCAGCCCGUAAAUGAAAGCUCCCGGCCCCAGAAGGAAGGGACACCAGUUCUGACAACCGUCUCUUCCGUCUGAAGAAGUUUUACCGUGAAAGGGAAACAAACAUUAAAAAGAAAAUUGAAAAAAAAAGCUAAUUUUGCUUCACUUUUCUUGCCGCAGUGUCAAGCAACACAAAAUCCCUUUCAAAAAAAAACUUGACAAAUAUGUAACGAUUUGUUUCACAUUGUAACAUAUCAGCACGUGCUAUUCUAAUUGAUUUUGGUUUUUUUUUCCCCGACGCGAUCAUUAUUGGUUUGGUAAUUAUUUUCCCACGUUCCGUGUUUUUUUUGUAUAUAGAGUGAUUAUAAUUGUAAAUAAGCGCGUGAGCAGAACUUGUCAGAAUCAUAUAUUUUUGUCUAAUAAACUAAAAGAAAUUA